GACUGCUGCGGGAGUCGGAGGCUGCGGGGCGGGGAGAGAGAGGAGACGGCAGCCGGAGCGGACGCCUGUCAUCCGGAGACUCCCGGAAUAACACGAUUCAGCCACCGGACGAUCCCCCGCGGAGUCCCGGGAGUUUACACCCACAAAGAGAACCCUCAGAGCGGAGCGAUGGAGGACGGGAAGCCGGUGUGGGCUCCGCACCCGACGGACGGGUUCCAGCUCGGGACCAUCGUGGACAUCGGAGCCGACAGCCUCAGCAUCGAACCUCUCAAUGGGAAGGGAAAGACGUUCCUGGCUCAGAUCAGCCAGGUCUUUCCUGCAGAAGAGGACGUUAACAAACACAUGGAGGACAACUGUUCUCUGAUGUACCUGAACGAAGCCACUCUGCUCAACAAUGUUCGUGUGAGAUACAGCAAAGACAAGAUUUAUACGUUCGUAGCCAACAUCCUGAUCGCGGUGAACCCGUACUACGACCUCCCAAAGCUUUACUCGCCGGAGACCAUCAAGCAGUACCGGGGCCGGUCUCUGGGGACGCUGCCGCCGCACGUGUACGCCAUCGCCGAUAAGGCCUACAGGGACAUGAGGGUUCUGAAGAUGAGCCAGUCCAUCAUCGUCUCGGGGGAGUCCGGAGCCGGGAAGACGGAAAACACCAAGUUUGUGCUCAAAUACCUGACGACCUCGUAUGGAACCGGGCAGGACAUCGACGAGAGGAUCGUGGAAGCCAACCCCCUGCUGGAGGCUUUUGGAAACGCGAAGACCGUGAGGAACAACAACAGCAGCCGCUUCGGAAAGUUUGUGGAAAUCCACUUUAACGAGAAGAACACGGUGGUGGGCGGCUUCGUUUCCCACUACCUGCUGGAGAAGUCCAGGAUCUGCAGGCAAAGCAAAGAGGAGAGAAACUACCACAUCUUCUACCGACUGUGCGCCGGGGCGUCCGAGGACAUCAGGCAGAAGUUUCACCUCAGCUCCCCCGACACCUUCAGGUACCUGAACAGAGGCUGCACUCGCUUCUUCGCUUCCAAAGACACCGACAAGCAGAUCCUGCAGAACCGCAAGAGCCCCGAGCACCUGAAGUCCGGCCCCCUGAAGGACCCGCUGCUGGACGACCAGGGCGACUUCAACCGGAUGUGCGUGGCCAUGAAGAAGAUCGGCCUGGACGACACGGAGAAGCUGGACCUGUUCCGGGUGGUGGCCGGCGUGCUGAACCUGGGGAACAUCGACUUCGAGGAGACGGGCAGCACGUCAGGCGGCUGCACCAUCAGGAAGCAGUCCAGUCAGACGGUGGAGCAGUGUGCCGAGCUGCUGGGCCUGGAGCAGGAUGACCUGAGGGUCAGCCUCACCUCCAGGGUGAUGCUCACAACUGCAGGGGGCGCCAAAGGAACAGUCAUCAAAGUGCCACUCAAAGUGGAGCAGGCCAACAACGCCCGGGACGCGCUGGCGAAGGCCGUGUACAGCCGGCUCUUCGACCACGUGGUGACCAGGGUCAACCAGUGCUUCCCAUUCGACUCCUCCGCCAACUUCAUCGGCGUCCUGGACAUCGCCGGUUUCGAGUACUUUGAACACAACAGCUUCGAGCAGUUCUGCAUCAACUACUGUAACGAGAAGCUGCAGCAGUUCUUCAAUGAGCGAAUCCUGAAAGAGGAGCAAGAGCUGUACCAGAAGGAGGGGCUGGGCGUCAACGAGGUUCACUACGUGGACAACCAGGACUGCAUCGACCUGGUGGAGGCCAAGCUGGUCGGCGUCCUGGACAUCCUGGACGAGGAGAACCGAUUACCUCAGCCCAGCGACCAGCACUUCACCGACACGGUUCACAACAAACACAAGGACCACUUCCGCCUCACGGUACCCAGGAAAUCGAAGCUGUCCGUCCACAGGAACGUGAGGGACGAUGAAGGAUUCAUUAUCAGACACUUUGCAGGAGCCGUGUGCUACGAGACGACCAAGUUCGUGGAGAAGAACAACGACGCGCUGCACAUGUCUCUGGAGUGUCUGGUCAGCGAGUCCAAGGACCGCUUCGUCCGCCAGCUGUUUGAAAACACCAACAACAAGGACGCCAAGCAGAAGACGGGGAAGCUCGGCUUCAUCAGCGUGGGCAACAAGUUCAAGACGCAGCUGAACAUCCUCCUGGAGAAGCUCCGCAGCACGGGCUCCAGCUUCAUCCGCUGCAUUAAACCCAACCUGAAGAUGGUCAGCCACCAGUUUGAAGGAGCUCAGAUCCUGUCCCAGCUGCAGUGCUCAGGUAUGGUGUCCGUGCUGGACCUGAUGCAGGGCGGCUUCCCCUCCAGGGCGCCGUUCCACGAGCUCUACAACAUGUACAUGAAGUACAUGCCUCCCAAACUCUGCCGCCUGGACCCACGCCUCUUCUGCAAGGCUUUGUUCAAAGCUCUGGGACUGAAUGAGAACGACUACAAGUUCGGCCUGACCAGAGUGUUUUUCCGGCCCGGGAAGUUCGCAGAGUUCGACCAGAUCAUGAAGUCGGACCCGGACCACCUGGCAGAGCUGGUGAAGAAGGUCAACACGUGGCUCAUCCACAGCCGCUGGAAGAAGGUCCAGUGGGGCGCCCUGUCCGUCAUCAAACUGAAAAACAAGAUUCUGUAUCGGACCAGCGCCUGUAUCCAGAUGCAGAAGACUGUUCGGAUGUGGCUCUGCAGGAAGAAGCACAAGCCAAGGAUCGACGGCUUGGUGAAGGUGCGGAACCUGAAGACGAGGAUGAGUCGCUUCAACGAGGUGGUGGCCGGGCUGACGGAGGGCAAGCAGGAGAUGAGCAAACAGAUCCAGGACCUGGAUUCUGCCAUCGACACCCUGAUGGCCAAAAUCAAGGUCACCAUGAUGACCCGGAUCGACAUCGACCACGAGUACCAGGCGCUGGUGACCCGGUCCGAGCAGCUGCUGACGGCCAUGCAGAACAAGAAGAAGGAGGAGGAGGAGAGGGAGCGGCUGCAGCGCAUCCAGGAGGAGAUGGACCGAGAGAAGAAGAGGAGGGAGGAGGAGGAGCAGCGCCGCAAGCAGGAGGAGGACGACCGGCGACUGAAAGCAGAGAUGGAGCUGAAGAGGAAGCAGGACGAGGAGGAGAGGAAGAGGAGGGAGGAGGAGGAGAGGAAGAUGCAGGUGGAGAUGGACGUGCAGCUGCUGGCGGAGCGGGAGGAGGAGGCGUCCCGGCAGGCGGUGCUGGAGCAGGAGAGGAGGGACCGGGAGCUGGCGCUGAGGAUCGCCCAGAGCGAGUCGGAGCUCAUCCCCGAGGAGGCGGCCGGCGACCUGCGCAGCAACGGCUCUUCAGUUCCAUCGUCCCCAGAGAGAGCAGCCGCCGCCGGAACCUCCAAGCUGCCGAGCAUGAGCAUGGAACAAAUGGCCAAAGAAAUGUCUGAACUUCUGGCUCGGGGUCCUGGCGUCCAGGCGUCCAAGGCGGCGGCCGGCGCCAAGAAGUACGAGCUGAGCAAGUGGAAGUACGCCGAGCUGCGGGACUCCAUCAACACCUCGUGUGACAUCGAGCUCCUGGCCGCCUGCAGGGAGGAGUUCCACCGCCGCCUGAAGGUUUACCACGCCUGGAAGUCAAAGAACAAGAAGAGGAACACGGAGACGGAGCAGAGGGCGCCCAAGUCCGUCACCGACUACGAUCCUUCACCUCCUGUGAGAGCAGCAUCCCAGCAGAACCCGGCCCCCCCCGUCCCGGCCCGGCAGUACGAGGUGGCGAUGAACCGGCAGCAGCGCUACUUCCGCAUCCCGUUCAUCCGGCCCAGCGACCAGUACAAGGACCCGCAGAACAACAAGAAGGGCUGGUGGUACGCCCACUUCGACGGGCCCUGGAUCGCCAGGCAGAUGGAGCUGCAUCCCGACAAACACCCCAUCCUGCUGGUGGCAGGGAAGGACGACAUGGACAUGUGCGAGCUGAGUCUGGAGGAGACGGGCCUGUCCAGGAAGAGGGGCGCGGAGAUCCUGCCCCGGCAGUACGAGGAGAUCUGGGAGCGCUGCGGCGGCGUCCAGUACCUCCGCAGCGCCAUCGAGAGCCGACAAGCCCGGCCCACCUACGCCACGGCCAUGCUGCAGAGCAUGUUCAAGUGACGAGGAGGGGGCGGGGCUUCUGCCAUCGAAGGGACGGGUCCGCCAGCUAACACAGACGGCGUCCGAGCGCCGCGGGAGGGCCGGGACGUUUGGCAUCGAACUCUAUGCAGAAAAAAAUCAGAACUGAUCACAUCCGGUUGUUUUCCAAGGAGUUCUCCUCUCGUGUCUGAUGGUUUAACUACGAGGCCUUAACACAACGUUAACAGGGUUUAAUCACCACGAGGUCCACCUCUUCUUCUUCUCUCUUUAGCUCCGCCUCCCAAACCACAAGCUCCAGAUUCCCGUUAGUGUAACAUUCCUGACCACGCCCCUGACGUGGUUUCAUGAUAACCUGUUUACAUCGAGUGGCUCCGGAGUCGAGACGCUGAACCAGCGUCACACCGCUCCUCCUUCAGUCUGAUCUUUAUUUGACCUCGAUGAUUUGUUCCUGUCGUGAUUCCUUCUUUUCCUCAUCGUGUGAUUUCAUGUCGACUUAAUGAGAAACUUUGUGACUUUGAGACCAAACGUUGCUUGAGACAUUUUGUUUUGGGGACCGAGCAGUGAUUCAGCUCCGUGAUUAGUUUCUGCAGAAAAAUGUGAAUUAAUUAUGCAACUGCUGAUCUGCGACUGUGCUGCUGCUUCAGAGCAGAUCAGUGGAGAGUCUUUGAAUCAUCCUUAGUCUUUAAAUGAAAUCUUUGUACACGACGAAACUUAAAUUGCAAACUUAGUGAUUCCAACAUGUUUUUCUUUGACUUUAUCUUUAAAAUAUUAAUUCUACAUUUGGCUGUUUGUUAAAUAAAUUCACCUGAUUCUAGAAAAUGUUUGAGAUGUCAGUGGAUGUGGACAAAGCGCUGGAACCGGAACCUUCUUCCAACACGGAGAUCUUUUCUAUGAAGUCACGUGAGUUCGGUUUGUGACGCUUCCACCGGGAGGUUUAUUUUUAAAAGAACGAUUUCUACCUGAGCCUGUGAGGUCGUGAGAGAAGCGGCGAACCAGGUCACAUGAUCCGAGUCGUCCGUUUGUCGUCAACACUUUAGAGACAAUCCCCCCCCCCCCCCCUCCCCCCCGCCCGAGGCCGCUGACUCCUCCUGAUGCACCGGAACCAGGUGACCUGUCUGAACCAAUGGUCUGAACACGUCAACACGCAGGAGCAGGGAAACCCACCAGCUCCAGGAAACUGCUUCCUAAACGUUUCACCUCUGGUUUCCACUUCAUGAAACUGAUGAAAAAUACCAAAAACAAUGUGACGAGUUUGGUUCAGACUCUAGUUUAAAUUUCAUAAAUUGUAAAUGAAGAUCGGCGACACGUCUCAUAUAAACGCUGCCACCUUGUGGUGAUGACGUCAUAAAGUCAGAGUCUGAGUCGUGGUAUCGAGGUCCCGCCCACAAAUCGCACAACCAAUCAUGAGUGAGUCUCAGCUGUCAAUCAUGACGUCUCGGCUGGUUUUUAAUGAAUGAAUUAACUGAUUCAAACCAAACUGAUCAGAAACAUCUUUACAAACAUUUAUUCACUCUGCGUGUGACCUGCAGCCACCAGGGGGCGAUCAGGGGCUGUCGUUAUUUAGGUGCUGUCUUGUCGUCCAUCUUUGUUUACAGACUGCGGCUGAUUGGUCGAACAGAACUGAACCUUUAUGGUGAAAAGUCGUCAUUAGGUUCGUUCAUAUCAUAAAAUCUGACCAGUAACAGGUCAAAUUCAUCAGUUUCAUUCUAGUUUGAAAUCAAACGUUGUUUUUGGUCCCGGCCUCGUUUUGAUUCUGUCUGAAAACUCUUUGUGUUGAUGUCGAGUGUAAACGUCCGGGCGACGACCUCCUGACCUCCUGACCUACUGACCUCCUGACCUCCUCAGGAAGCUUUUCUAACACUGAUCUCUAACUGAUGAAUAAAAGCUGUUUCCCUCUCCUCG